GCUGGCGAGGCGCUGCUCUGGAUUGCGACACAAAAUGGUUCUCGCGUGGUAUAUGGACGAUUCCACUACCGAUCAACGUCUUCCUCACAUGUCGCCGGGAGCGCUUGUAUCAAUGGAGACUGUGGCCGCGUUGGGAGUGAACCACUGGAAGGUGAAUUUUGAGAGCUAUGAAACGGAUGGGGAGUUUCGUAAGUUGAGAGAAGAUGAGGGAUACACGUACAUGGAUGUUAUUGAAAUAUCACCAAAGAAAUUACCCAGUUAUGAUGAAAAAAUCAAAAUGUUUUAUGAAGAGCAUUUGCACGACGACGAUGAGAUUCGUCUCAUUAUUGGUGGAACCGGAUACUUUGACGUGCGAGACAAAGCCGAUCGUUGGAUUCGAAUCGAAUGUUCACAGGGUGACAUGAUUUCUCUGCCAACUGGGAUAUACCACAGAUUCACAACCGAUUCAAAGAACUAUGUCAAAGCGGUUCGUCUGUUUAAAGGCAAUCCGGUGUGGACACCGAUUAAUCGCAGCGAAGAGACUGAUUCUCAUCGUGCUCGACAGAAUUACAUUGAAUCUUUUAGUCUAGUUGGUUGCACGUGAAAGACGGAGAUGACUUCAGUGUGUGUGUGUGUGUGUGUGUGUGUGUGUGUGUGUGUGUGUGUGUGUGUGUGUGUGUGUGUGUGUGUGUGUGUGUGUGUGUGUGUGUGUGUGUCACAAAGACUUACAGACAAUAGAUGGUGUGCAUUAGAAGUUACCAA